AUGUGCGACAAAAGCAAUCUGCCCACACCAAAGCCCCUCAUCCGCGUGAGCAGCUUCUUCACCCGCCACCCCUCCCUCUCCAAAGCCGACUUCGACAAGUACUGGCGCGAGGUCCACGGCCCCCUCGUCCUCAACUCCAAAAUCUACAGCGAGGCCAAGAUCCUGCAGUACUCGCAGGUCCACAACCGGCAGGACCUCACCGAAGCGGCGGCGAAGCUCGGACCAAGACCUCUCGAUUUCGAAUGGGACGCAUGCUCGGAGAUGUAUUUCCACAGCUGGGAGGACUACGAGAAGUUUGCUACGAGUGAGGAGAUGCGGGAUGUGCUGGGGCCGGAUGGGGCGCGCAUUUUGUGUCCGGAGAGGGGGGUCAGGGUCAUGGUUACUCUGGUGGAUCCGUUGGUUGCAAGUGUACUUUAG